GUCGUUGGGUAUAAAUUGCAGUCCUUGAAGCUCUGAGAGAAAGAGAGAGAGAAGGAAGGACCGAGGUCGAGGGUCAAGAAGACUCAAGAGACCCAAUUGAAACAUACAAAAAACUCUCUCCCUCAAUUGCCGUCUGAAAAUGCCUACUCUCACAAGGAUCUACUCCAUGCAAGAAGCAGCUCAACACAAUACCAGAGAAGACUGUUGGGUCGUCGUAGAUGGAAAGGUUUACAACGUGACAAGUUAUUUGGAUGAGCACCCAGGUGGAGAUGAUGUCCUCCUUGCGGCAACAGGGAAAGAUGCAACUGAUGAAUUUGAAGAUGCGGGACACAGUAAAACCGCGAGGGAGCUCAUGCAGGAGUAUUGUAUUGGGGAGUUGGAUCCAUCUACUCCUGCUAUCCCGCAGCUUGAAAUUUAUUCUAAAAACGAAUCAACUGACCCUCUGAAGAAGAUAAUGGACGUGACUACACAAUACUGGGUUGUUCCAAUAGCCAUUGUUAGUAUCUCUGUGGUAGCUGGCUUUUUGUAUCUGCGUACCAAGUGAAAGCAUGUGCAUUUUGGAUUAUAGCAUAUGAAUACUUGUUCAAACAAAUUUUGAGCCAUCGUUGAAACCUGAACAUGCCCUUUAGCAAUUUAUAAGAAUUGGGCAUUAAUAUAAAGCUUCUUAGUUAUACAUCUUUAUAUAUGCAAGAGAUUUUAAAGGAUGGUAGAUGUGUUCAUGAUGGAACAUGCAUACAUUUGUAGAUGCAUUCAUUGCUGAAA